AUGGGGUGCGAUGGUGGUACAAUUCCUCGCCGUGAUGAACUAGUGCGACUGAAGAAAAAACCAGAGCAGAAAGACAAAGAUUCUGAAAGACAAUUUCGUUGGAAACAUUGUGCACUUACCCAGUUGAAGCUCCAGCAACCGAUUGUAAUGUGUGGCCUAGGCAGAUUGUACUCGAAGCAAAACGUCAUUGAAGCUUUGCUGGAUAAGGAGAAAAUAACCGAAUCCUGUGCCCACAUCAAAUCCCUGAAAGACAUCAAAAACCUUAAUUUAACGGCCAAUCCUGCCUACAACGAAUCAAAAGAUGACAAGAGUUCCCCGUACAUUUGUGCAUUGAUUGGACUUGAAAUGAGUGGACAAUUCCGUUUUGUUGCGCUGUGGACGUGUGGUUGCGUAUUUUCAGAACGUGCGCUAAAGGAAGUUAAGGAUAAAGUCUGCUCUGUGGUAAGUAUUUGCCAAACACCGUAUACCGAGGAAGAUGUUAUCAUCCUAAAUGGCACGGAAACGGAAAUGGAACAAAUGCGUGUCAAGAUGGAAGCAAGAAAUGUUCGAACAAAAUCUGCAAAGAAGUCAAAGGGGAGCGUUUCCGGAUCGUCAAAAACUUGUGACCCGGAAAUAAACGAUACAAAAAUAGCUAGUUCGUCUGCUAAGAUCACUGGCGAAGGAAGCAGUAAAGGAAGCAGCAAACCGAUCGUUCCCAAUAAGCGUGCGCUGAUAAGUGACAAAAUCGGGGAGGAUCCAGUUUUUAAAAAAUCCAAGGACGACUAUAGUGUUGCAAAAGAUCCAAAGGCAUCCGCCGUGUACAAAUCACUUUUUACAUCUCAUGAAAGUGAAAAAGAUCAAAAACGUGCUCAUUGGGUCACUUAUAAUCCAUUCUACAACUAAGGUUGUACAUGUUCUUUAUACCAUAAUUGAUCACGUUUUCUGCUCCGCUCGUUGAUGAAAUAUUUCAUUAUCAAUUGAGUUGACUUAGCCUAUCAUCUUUAUUUUCCGUAUUAGACAUAAUUCUGCUGCACUAUCUGAGGAGUUAUCAAAAUCGUAUAAUUAAAACAAAUAUAUGACAAGGAUAAUAAAUCUUAUGAAAUGUGCAUACUAUAACACCCAACAACUAUCUUCUUCGUUAAA